GGGACAACUAUGUGGCUGUGCGGCGGACAUAUCUCUCUACCUUACCCGACGACCAUGGUCUCGUCCUGAACAGUUUAUUUUCUUCCAAGACAGCCUUCGUAUCAUACUUCGUGCCAUGGAAGGUGCCAGUAGCUCCAACUUUUAUUCUGGAGGUCAUCGAGGGAACGGUGGCGUCGUCCAGGAAUUCGUCAAUGAAACGUUUGCCGCCAGCAAUGAAUCGUCUACGAGGUCCGACCUUCUAUCGUCCCCAUCACAAGAGACGGGUGCCGUUCAGCGCCCUAAGCGACGACGAAACGGACCGUCGGAACGAUUCCGUAGAGAGCGCGAGCUAAUACAUGGCCAAGCAUCUCACAAGCAGCUGCUACGUCUUGUAAUCGAUCAAGAGUACGAGGCAAAUAAAAUGCGCAAGGCGAUGAUCGUUGUGCUGGAGCGACUCGAACACGAGACGCAACGUGCUACGGCCGCUGAGGACUUUUCGGCCCAACUCGUGCAGCGAUUCCAGUUGUUGAAUGAAGGUCGAUUGAAGAUGCAUGAGGAACUCAUCGAGGCCAAGAAACAGCUGGAAAUGUACCGUGUCCAGUAUAACCACGCUCGGUCGGAGAUUGUGAGGGGAGAAGACGUGUUAGCGACCGUGUCCGACCAGCUGCAGAGUGCAGAGAGAGACGCUGUACGUGCACGGUCGCAAGCCCACAAGACGGAACAGAAGCGUGCCGUGCUUGAAGCCUUGAUAGAGGGCAGGCGAAUGGGAAUGUUGUCUGGAUACGCCCAAGCUCAGCGGGAGAUCGGGGAGUUCAGGUCACCCCAGAUUGCGGCCACUGAAGAAUACGAAGAAGAAGAAGAAGAAGGGGAAGAAGAAGGGGAAGAUCUUGAUGAGGAGGAAGAGUACGAGGAACCACCACGACCAGUACCGAGGACCGAUACCACGGAAUCGUACUAUUUCCCGCCGCCACCGCAUGCCGCGCCUCCAACGGUUCCUUCUGCUCAUACAUUAUCUCCAACCGAGACAGAAGAGCCACUCCCGCCUCGUUCGCCUUCUGUCCAUGAAUUCCACGUCGAAGUUCCUCCUGCAGAAUAUCCACAAUCUUUCCAUCAUCCUCAGUAUGCUACUGCUCCUGAUAACUUUAUACCAACAUUAGACGCGAGCGGUGCAAUCAGUAUGCCUCCGCCGCAUGAGUGGAAUAGCGCAAUGCGAGCAGCGUCCCCACAACCUGAGGAGUCGGACAAGAAGGGCAAGGGUAAAGCGAAGAAUAACGAUGAUUUCUCUGAAUACAGCUAUACAGCUCCGGGGCGGGCGACCUCUUUUAACGCAUCGGUAGAUACGCUGACUGGUCUAGGGAUCUUGGAACCCGAUGGUAGGGGCAAGUUCAGUAAUCUGGACCCGAUAAGAGAGAGCUCGGCGAGUGUCGAUAAUGUACCACUUCCCCCAGUGCAAGGACACCCGUCUUCUGUGCGAUCUCAGCUGAAGAGCCCCAACAUCGCCUCAGCUGGGAGCAGUUCUCCCGUGGGCAUCAAUGUCCAGACUCCGUCUUCGCAUACGCCCUCAUCUGCAAAGAGAUCGGCCAGCCGGAGACAGGAGAGCUUUUCUAGUGACAGACCACCGUCCCGACAACAGCCAUUACCUCCUCAUGACAAGGUCCAGCUUUCGACUAACCACGAAUGGGAUCAAACGGGGCCAAGCUGGGUCCCAGCAAGACCACCCUCUUCGCAAUCCCACCGAGCACAAGGCCGACCUUCAUCUGCAAAUCAUGCUAAUUCUUCAUGGCAGGCGCCACCAUCCCGAGAACAAACGCCAGUUCCAGCCGAAUCACCUCCCCUACCCAACCCUUUCCCUCCUCCUCGCGCGUCAAGUUCUCACUCCCGACAUAAAUCAACCGGGGCUCUUACUCCCGAAAUGGUCUCCAAUCCCUUGCCCUCUCGCGCACGCACGCCGAGCAUGCGUUCCCAGAACCUCCUCACCCCCGAAAUGGGCCUGAAUCCCCUUCCUUCGCUCCGACACGUCCCCUCCAACCUCUCGCAACGCUCCCAUGGCAAGUUUGAGCACUUUGACCAGCAAAACUACGUUGACCCUGCUAUCAUCGGGGGCGAGGAGAGUCAGGUAGACUUGCGGAGGAUCCCGAGCAGGCCUACAAGCAGCGUGGGCUUUGGGCUGGCACGGACCAAAUCGAGAGGGUCCACUGUUCGCGGAGAAUAGCCGUAUAUGUCGAUGUUACCGAUAUUUCUCUUCUUGAUGCUCCAUUUAGAAUCAGCCACCUCCUUGUCGUACCUUCAAUCAGUACUACUCACGCUCAAAUGUCCCUACUAGGUACUAUAUCCAUACGCUUCACCCCGUCUAUAUUUCACCAUCUUCCUUCUGGAAGCUGCUUUAUUAUUCUACCGCCGAUUUAUACGCUCUGGAAUGACGAAAAAAGGCGCAAAAACGAGAAUCUCUGUAUAUU